GAAGUUUUGCUGCUCUCCUAUCCCUCCUUUACCCAUACCAGUAUUUAAUGGCCUUGGUUCUUACAUCAUGCUCCAAAGACUCUAAUGGCCCAACUGCCGUUCCUCGUCCCAACACUCCCAGCCCCUCUGAAUUUAUCCAAAACUCAGCCGUGCUGGCGCGUUGAAAAGAGUAAAUCGUUCACCAGUCUCGGGAAGAUCGCUCCGGGCAAGCCAUCGCUGACAAAUUCCAACCAAUCACCAAGUUCCUGUCGCACUUGAACCUUCCCCACGCGGGCAACAGCAGGAUGCUCAUUUGAAGCCUCAACUGACGUGCUGGACGAUGACGACGGCGUUAUCGAUUUAACCCCGCUUGAAGCCGAGUUCUGCAUCCCUGGGGAUCAACCGGAGGUCUGGUAUAAGAGCCAUGUUGUCUCGCACUGUGCUGGAUUGAUUGCUCUACACAUUUCUGCCCACUUAUCAGCCCAUAACCCCACAGCCACAGAAUCACAGCAAGAUGUCAGGAGUUCCAGCACUUCCGCAAUCCUUGAAGGAAUCGGUGGAGAACAGCAAAGUGGAGUAUGUGAAUCUAGGUAAGAGUGGGCUUCGUGUCUCGAUCCCAAUUUUGGGCGCAAUGUCCAUUGGACACCCUAAAUGGGCUCCGUGGGUGAUUGAUGAAGAGAAGUCACUCCCUCUACUCAAAGCUGCAUAUGAUCGUGGCCUGAACACGUGGGACACUGCGAACGUCUACUCAAACGGAGUCAGCGAGAUAAUCAUUGGCAAAGCGAUCAAGAAAUAUAGUAUCCCGCGCAAUAAGCUGGUUAUUCUCACCAAGUGCUAUGGAGCUGUUGGCGAGGAGCCAAUUAUUAGGGGAGUCUUCCACCCAAAGGAAAUUCGAGCUUCGAAGGACUAUGUGAACCAAUCAGGCUUAUCCCGUCAAGCAAUCUUUAAUGCAGUCGAUGCCUCCCUCAAGCGUCUCGACACUACAUAUAUCGAUCUCCUUCAGAUCCACCGUUUCGACGUCAAUACGCCCCUCGAAGAAACAAUGGAGGCCCUCCACGAUUUAGUCAAGAGUGGCAAGGUUAGAUAUAUCGGAGCGAGUAGUAUGUGGGCCACACAAUUCGCCCAGCUGCAGUUUACCGCAGAAAAGAAUGGCUGGACCAAGUUUAUCAGCAUGCAGAAUCAUUAUAAUCUGCUAUAUCGCGAGGAAGAAAGAGAAAUGAACCGAUUCUGCGACGCGACUGGCGUUGGUUUGAUACCGUGGGCACCCCUCUGCCGCGGCCACCUCGCAAGACCCAUCGAGGCGUUCGGCACGACGACAAGAAGCAAGCCGGAAUUAGAGAAAGGCCUCACCGAAACUGACACCAAGAUCAUACAGCGUGUACAAGAACUUGCUGAGAAGAAGGGAUGGAAGAUGAGUCAGGUUGCGCUGGCAUGGAUCAACAAGAGGAUCAGCUCUCCGAUCAUUGGCUUCAGUAGUGUGGACAGAAUGGAUGAAGCAAUUGAGGUUAGAGACAAGACUCUGACUGAGGAAGAGGAGAAGUAUCUUGAGGAGUUGUACCAGCCGAAGGCAAUAUCUGGUCAUUCUUGAGAGGGUUCGGCGAAGGAAGUACAAGAGUAAGUUAGUGAUGCUCUUAUAUAGGCUGGAAGUCUGUAGAAAUUGAACACAAAUUUUUGGACAG